GAACCAGAGAGCAUUAUGGAGUCUGCAGAAGAAGAGUUAAUUAAUUUUAAUGUCGGUGGCUGGUAUUUCUCUAUUCCCAAAAGUAAAGUCGCUCAGUUUCCUGAAUCUCUGUUAUGGAAAGAAGCUCCUGUACAAGAUCAGUCUGAAAAUCUAAGAUUAUUUAUUGACCAAGAUGGUUUUAUAUUUAGGCACCUUCAUUAUUACAUGCAGACUUCAAAAUUAUCUUUUUUCAGCUGUGCUGAAUUGAACUUACUGUAUGAGCAAGCAUUAAUUUUGCAGCUGACACCUUUAUUACAGAUUUUAGAUAAUUUGAAGGAGGAGAAAUAUAAUUUACAUGUCCAGCCUGCAGAUACACCAAUAGCUAAAAGAACACCUCUGAAUUACUGGAGAACACGAAAAUGUACCAGCAAGCCACCAGAGAUUCCUCCUAACAGUCCAGCAUUCACAGGGUUACAUGAAAGAGCACCCCUAGGGCUAGUGGAUACACCUUUACUAGAUACGGAAGACGAAGUGAAUUACUGUUUUUUGCCACUAGAUUUGGUGGCAAAAUAUCCUGUACUAGUUAAGGACGACAAUUUGCUGUGGCUGCUUGAGAAUGCAGCCCUGAUUGAGUGCGAGUGCAGUGAGUUCCGCUUCAUAGUUAAUUUUCUUCGCUCAGAGAAGAUGUUGUUGCCUGAUGACUUCUCCAACAUAGAUGCCUUGGAGGAAGAAGUUUUAAUUCUGGGAAUUCCUGAGCUUAUAGAUGCUGUUAAGAUCUACAGAGGCAGCUGCUCCAUGGUGUCCCCCACCACAGUGGGGGCCGGAGGGCAGCGGGGGGUGGCAGCAGGGGAGGCCCUGCCACGGUUGCCACUCUAUGCCAUGGCUCUGGGGCUGCUGGCCAACUACCCGGAUUCGGCUCUGGGACAGCUCCACGUGGACAGCGACCUGGGCAGGAGCCACCUGUACCUCUCCGGUGACGGCGUCCUCUUCCAGCACGCCAGGAAUUGGCUGGGAACUUGCCGACUUCCUCUCACUCAAAAUAUUUCUGAAAUCCAAGAGCUCUGUGCUUAUUUGGACAAAAGGGACACCACAUAUGAGCCAAUGAAAGAUGCUUUGAAAUGCUAUCUGAAACAACAGAUGCCAGCAGAGAGCAGAGAUUAUAACUGGACAGCAGAAGUAUCUGUAUGCUCACUCCAUCAGAUUGUGAAAGUUUAUGUAGGAAGUAAUUGGUAUGAAACUUACUUACAGACUUUAUUGAAGUACCCAGAGCUGCUGUCAAAUAACAAGAAAGUCUGUUGGAUCACAUACGGUCAAAGUCUUCUAAUCCAUGGAGAUGGGCAAAUGUUUCGGCACAUUCUCAACUUUCUAAGACUUGGGAAAUUGUUUUUGCCGGCUGAAUUUAAAGAAUGGCCUCUCUUUUGUCAAGAAGCAGAGGAGUACCAGAUCCCUUCUCUUUUGGAGGCACUUUAUCACUCUGAUGCAUACAGUUAUUUAGAAACAAGGGACAGCAAACAAGCUGAUGUUGUUCUGGCAGACCAGAGAAACGUAGGAUUGAUUCUUAAAGUUGAACAUCCUCCAGUUUUAGGCAGUGAUGGCUUUUGUACAAGCAAUGAAGAUAGUGUUGUUUAUAGCACCCUGCUGGAUGGCAGACAGCUGGAUAUGCCAAACACUGAAGCACUGUCCAAAGAUAUAGUUUUUGUUAGCUUUGCUCUCUCACAUGAGGAGAUAUUCUACGCCAGGAAGUGCCACUUUUUCCUGACCGAUGUCAUCCUGGACUCAGUAAGGCAGAAAGAUCCCAAAGAAAUCACAGCCAAAGUUGGGACCCUUGUGAACAGGCUUUGGACUCAGCAGAUCACACCCAGGGAGUUUGUUGCUCAUUUACUGAACACAGAGUACUUUAAAAGGAACAGAAAUAUUCAUGAAGAGCUCCUUCAGUGGGUGGAAUUUACCCUGCCAUUUGCAUGGAAGUACAGCUGCUGCCUCGACUUACUGAUCCAGAGAGGGUUUGCUAAAUCAGUCUCAUAUACAAUGCUGGGCCAGCAGUUGGGCAAAAGCUUGUCCCCUCCCUGGGUCCUUAUUUAUCCAAAAUGA